AUGUACACCGAGACUACCUCCUCCCGCUUCCUCGUUCUGGCCCCUAUCCACAACGGCCCCCUCACGGCUACAACGGCCCAACACCCUCGUGAGCGCUCCAGCAGCCAGUCCUCCACGACCAGCAACGACUCGUCGCGUCGUCCGGGCAUUGCCCGCCUUCCCAGUGGCUUCCUCUAUCUCGGCCACGAUGGCUCCGACAGCAAGAUGGCCGAGUUGGUCUAA